GGGCAUGACGGUUACAAGUGGACGUGUUACAUUGACGAAAGAUGCUCAAAAUCUGGUCGGCAUCAGUAUCGGUGGUGGCGCCCCUUUUUGUCCCUGUUUGUAUGUGGUUCAAGUGUUCGACUCUACUCCUGCUGCGGAAGAUGGAACUCUCCAGGCUGGCGAUGAAAUAACCGGAGUGAAUGGAAUUUCAGUCAAAGGAAAGUCCAAAGUUGAAGCAGCCCGUCUCAUUCAAAGUUUUAAGGAUCAAGUUGUAAUCAAUUACAACAAGCUUCAUGCUGACCCGAAACAAGGAAAGUCUCUGGAUAUAGUUCUGAAAAAGGCGAAGCACCGUGUAGUUGAAUCAAUAGAAGCGAGCACUGCGGACGCGCUAGGUCUGAGUCGGGCGAUCCUCGUAAACGACGGUCUAGUGAAAAAAUUUCAAGAACUCAACGAAACUGCGAACAUGUUUUCGGGGAUAGUUGCUCAUGUAAAAAACCUUAUCCGUGCAUCUUAUGAGUUAUCGCGGAUCUACGGUGCACUCGGAGAUGUUUUCUCAGAAAUUGGUGUCAAGGAGCCAAUGCUACGUACCAGUGAAGCGUUCUCCCACUUUGGUGCAACCCAUCUUAGUAUGCAGCGCUUUUCCAUUGAAAUGUUGAAAAAACUGAAACCGGUUAUUGCAGACUUGAACACUUUUCUACGCAAGGCGGUUCCGGACACCCGACUAACCAUCAAGAAGUACUUGGAUGUGAAGUUUGAAUACUUGUCAUAUUGCCUAAAGGUGAAGGAGAUGGAUGACGAAGAGUAUGGUUUUGCAAUGGUACAAGAGCCAUUGUACCGCGUGGAAACGGGCAAUUAUGAGUACCGACUCAUACUAAGGUGUCGCCAAGACGCCCGUGCUCGGUUCGCCAAGAUGCGCAAUGACGUACUGGUCAAAUUGGAAUUGCUUGAUAACAAGCACGUUCAAGACACUGUGCUUCAACUGAAGCGGUUCAUCGAUGCAACAGCCACCUAUCAUGAUGAGUGUUAUCAAGUAAUGAAACAGGCCAAGAUAUUCCCGCUAGAAGUGGACCUAGACCGAAACGCAUUUACUUAUGACACGGGGAUCAUCAAUACCGGAGAGGACGAUGCGGAACUGGGCGAAGACGUUGUUAGUCGUGAGCCAUCGUCUAACGAUGUGGGACACACUGAGCUUGCGUGUGAUAUCGAAUUGAUUGAUUUAACUCAUACAAACUCAGCGGAUGAGCAAACGCUAUUUCGGGAUGACGAAGGUGAUGUUCCACCCCUUGUUACGAGCGACGUUUUUCGGAACUUUGCUUUAAACUCCGAGAACAAUAGUGACCAAAAUCCGAACAACCUAUCUUACUCCCACUUAUUACCUUCCAAGUAACAGCAGUUCAAUCUUGUUAUCGCUAUUUUUACAUUUGCGACCGCUCCUUUGACUUCUCCCCUAUCUAACUUCAGUUUGAAUAUUUUCGGUGUUCAUUUGGCCUGUGUCGCACAUCGGUCACAUCUCUCUGUCGUUGAUCGCACAGACUGUCCCAUUCCAUCUCCUCCCCACUCUUCGGAGCACUUCCCCAUGACAUGAAUCGGAGCACACCGACACGACAAACCGUUUGCAAAAAAAUUUGAUCUUGUUUUUUUCAAUCUUUCAUAUGCUUUGCAUUUGUCGAUCACCAGCGGAUGAUCCUACACACAUUACUCCAUUUAUAUGUGACUUAACGCUGGCACUCGUUUGAUGUUAUUUCGCCCUUCAGCUGUGAUCUUGGGGAAAUAUUCCCAUUCAUUGUUUAUUUUGUCCUCCCUCUUGUUGCACGCUACUCUUCUCACACCAUCCCUGUGUGAGAAACUGGGUGAUCGUAUUUUAUUCUAGUAAUUACACUAACCUCGCUUAGCGUUGAAGGGCAACUGUAAGACCGCACAGGAAAGCGCACGAGUUACAUCAAUGGAUGCGACUGUGAAGGUAUCCAUUCGAAUCGGGAUGUCGAUGUCAAACGCAGAAAGGUAAAAUCUUUGCCAACUUUUUAUAUCGACUUAGCAGUAACAUAGUUGUUUUGUUGCGAACGGGCAGUUAUGGCAACCAAUGAGUCUAUGGCGCCUAGAGAGACGCACUUGGGUGCAAUGCUGCUUGCAAUCCGGGAACACUUGCAAUUUCUGCAGUACAUAUGGUUUGAAGACAAACUUCCAUUAUCCACAGACGUGACUCGUAUAAAGUGCUUCAAUCAAUUUGUUCUUUCAGAUACACGAGCAAGUUUCUCAUGAAG